UUUGCCACGGUGGAUACCAUAACAACCUGACACAAUCAGGCUUCAUUUCAGUGAGAAAAAUGUUCAUGCUAUGCAUUGCUAUUGGGUUGUUCUAUAGUCACCAUGUUGGAACAGCAUAUUCACUCAGUGACAAUGGUGGUAAUCCAUUUCCAUGGAAUAAAAUGAGGCUCCCCAGGCAUGUCUUUCCAAUUCAUUAUGACCUUCUGAUCCAUCCAAAUCUUACCACUCUGACCUUUACGGGAUUGACGAAAAUUGAGAUUACAGUAACCCAAGAAACUAAUUCAAUCAUCCUGCACAGCAAGUAUCUCCAGAUUACCAAAGCUACGAUCCAAAAAGCAAUGGAAAGCACCGGGAUUGAUGACAAAGUGGUGGUUUUAGAGUAUCCACCGUUUGAACAAAUUGCACUUCUUGCAGCUGAACCUCUGCAAGUUGGUAGCUACGUGGUUAGAAUUGAGUACGCUGCCAAUUUAUCUGAGAGUUAUCAUGGUUUCUAUAAAAGCACAUACAGAACUCCAGAAGGAGAAGUAAGGGUGCUUGCAUCAACACAGUUUGAACCAACGACUGCACGAAUGGCCUUCCCUUGCUUUGAUGAACCUGCAUUCAAAGCUAUAUUUUCUGUUAAGCUCAGAAGAGAACCCAAACACCUUGCACUAUCUAACAUGCCUCUGGUGAAAUCUAUUAUUCUUAAGGAAUGGCUCAUUGAAGAUCACUUCGAGAUCAGUGUAAAGAUGAGCACUUAUCUAGUAGCCUUCAUUGUUUCCGAUUUCAAAUCAGUUUCCAAGAUGACCAGCCGUGGAAUUAAGGUUUCAGUGUACACUGUUCCACAUAAGAUCAACCAAGCUGAUUAUGCUUUGGAUGCAGCAGUGAAGCUCCUAGAUUUCUAUGAAGAAUAUUUUAGCAUUCCAUAUCCUUUGCCCAAACAAGACUUGGCAGCUAUUCCUGAUUUUCAGUCUGGUGCAAUGGAGAACUGGGGAUUGACUACAUACAGGGAAUCUGCUUUGUUAUAUGACCCAGAGAAGUCCUCUGCAUCAAGUAGACUUGGAAUUACCUUAGUUGUAGCCCAUGAACUUGCUCACCAGUGGUUUGGAAACCUGGUGACCAUGGAGUGGUGGAAUGAUCUUUGGCUCAAUGAAGGAUUUGCAAAAUUUAUGGAAUUUAUCUCAACAAGUGUUACCCACCCAGAACUGAAAGUUGAAGAUUAUUUUUUGAACAAAUAUUUUCAAGCCAUGGAAGUAGAUGCUUUAAAUUCUUCACAUCCUAUAUCUACUCCUGUUGAAGAUCCAUCUCAGAUCCUAGAAAUGUUUGAUGAUGUUUCCUAUGACAAGGGAGCAUGUAUUUUAAAUAUGUUACAGGAUUAUCUCACUCCAGAAGUCUUUAAAGCUGGACUUGUUAAAUAUUUGGUUCGAUUCAGUUAUCAGAAUACACGAAAUGAAGAUCUGUGGAACAGUUUGUCAGAUGUUUGUCCUGUGGAUGAUUCUGAGGAAAGUCGUGUUCAAAAUACUGGGUUUUGUGCAAGAAACAAGGAGACAAUCUCAAAUGAUCACUGGAAGAAAAGCGACUUCCAUGAUGUGAAGACAAUGAUGAAUACUUGGACACUGCAGAAAGGAUACCCACUAGUGACUGUUACAAUGAAAGGGAGGAACAUUCAUUUGCAACAAGAGCACUAUAUGAAGAGCUCUAGUUUUUCUUCGCGAACAGGGAAUCUGUGGCAUGUUCCAUUAACAUAUAUUACUAGUAAAUCUGCCAUUGUUCAGAGAUUUUUGCUGACAACAAAGACAGACGAUAUCGUUCUCCCAGAAGAAGUGGAAUGGAUAAAAUUUAAUGUAGGCAUGAAUGGUUAUUAUAUUGUCGACUAUGGAGAUGAUGGAUGGGAUGCUUUGGUUCGCCUUUUAAAAGAAAAUCAUAAAGUGAUUAGCAGCAAUGAUAGAGCCAGCCUCAUCAACAAUGCAUUUCAGCUGGUGAGUGUUGGAAAGCUGUCAAUUACCAAAGCUCUUGAUUUAACAUUAUACCUAAAACAUGAAUCUGAAAAUACUCCUGUGCUUCAAGGACUGGAUGAACUAAUUCCUUUGUACAAACUGCUGGAGAAGAGGGACAUGAAUGAGACUGAACAUCAGUUAAAGGGAUACAUUGCUAAUCUGUUCAAAACCAUAAUUGAUGCACAGUCUUGGGAUGAUGAAGGCACAAUGUCUGAGCGAGUUCUUCGGAGCUCCCUGCUUGUAUUUGCCUGUGUACGCAAGUACCAACCAUGUGUGGACAAAGCAAAAGAAUAUUUCAUGAAAUGGAAAAACUCCAAUGGGACUCUAAAAUUGCCAAAUGAUGUUAAAUUUGCAGUAUAUGCUGUUGGAGCACAAACAGAUGAAGGCUGGGACUUCCUUUUUAACAAAUAUCAGCUACCUGAGUUCAGUACUGAAAAAAAUGUAAUUGAAGCUGUUCUCAGCCUGAGCCAAAAUGUGGAAAAGCUUCAGUGGUUAAUGGAUCAGGGCUUGCAGGGUGACAUAAUAAAAACUCAGAAUCUUCCGUAUAUUGUCACGAGCGUUGGAAGGAAUCCUGUUGGUUACAAGUUAGCAUGGAAAUUUUUGAAGGAGAACUGGGAGAAACUUGUAAAAAAGUUUGAACUUGGUUCACAUUCCAUUGCACACAUGGUUGCUGGUGUAACAAAUAAGUAUUCUACAAAGGCACAGCUUGCGGAGGUAAAAGACUAUUUCAACUCUCUUGACAAAAAAAGUUCAGAGCUCCGUGCUGUCCAACAAGCCAUAGAAACCAUUAAAGAUAAUAUCCGGUGGAUGGAUGAGAAUCUUGAAAAAAUCAAAAAGUGGUUACAGGCCAAUAGCAAAGUAUGAAAUUGUGCAUGGAUUACAGAAUUAAAAAUGAUUUUGCACUAGAAGACUGCUCCUUUGCCUUAGAGGGGCAAAAAAAAACAUUACUGUUUGGAACGCAAUGAACACUGGAGAAAGUAAUUUUAAAAAUGAAUCAGUAAAAUAAAGUUUGAAAUACA